CUUCCUCUCGAGGCAACAGAAUCAAAACAAACACGGAAUCAUGGCGGCGGUGCGAGUGAGAUGGAGUAAGUCGACAGAGAAGCAGCUCGUGGAACUGUGGAAAGCUCACCCCUGCCUCUUUGAUGUUGCCUCCCAAAGCUACUAUGACCGAAAAAACAGGGAGAAAAGUUGGGAGGCGAUCGCACACCAAUUACAGCUACCAGUGAAUGAGGUUAAAACCCGCGUGACGUCACUCCGGACGCAGUAUGGAAAGCUGCUGAAAGCCAAGCCCAGGCGAGGAGGUGGCCGGAAACCAUUGACUCCCAAGCAGAAGUGGAUACUUAAACACGUGGAUUUUUUAAAGGGUCAUAUCAUCCACAGACAUACAGAAUCUACAAUGAGCCCCACCACUGAGUCAGAGGAGGCAUUUGAGGGCGAGGGGGAUUCAUCCACAUCGGAAACUGAAGCUGAAGUGGAGGAAGAGGACAGUAGUUCGUCUUUGACAUGUCAGCUUGUCCAGAAAAAAGAAGAAACAAAACAAAAGCCACAAUCUGCUCAGCAAUGCCUUGAAAUGGCCGAACUAUCACUGCUCCAACAGAUACAGAAAACUCUCGUUUCCAAUGCAGACUCCACGGAGCUAUUUGGACAGCAAGUAGCCUCUGAGUUGAGAAACAUCAGAGAUAGAGCAAUACAAUUAAGGCUGAGGCGAAACAUCAUGAACAUGAUUUAUGAUGCACAGGAGGCCGAGCAUAUUGGUCAAAGCCAGUAUGCAAGUCAACUGGCUAGUCCAUCGUCGUGUUCCUCCCCAAGACAACCCGGUCCCAUCUAGCCUGCCUAUGUCAUUCACUAGCAUGAUACAUCAUGAGUAGAUGAAAACAAAGCUCUGAAGUUUGUCUCUUUGUGACCAAACUACCUCAUUUUU